AUGGCUCAUCCUUCAAGCCUAUUCACUCUCAUUCAAAUACUGAAGAAGACAAUGAAGCCCCUCUGGACCAAGAUAGCGAUCAUGGUGGAGCCAACUUUCAGUCUUUGGAUAAUAACAUAUGCUAGUCUUGGUCAUCAAGCUAUGAGAACAUACACUAUCACUCAAAAAGGCUUCCAAAACCCUCUCAACCGCCAAUUUAUCUGCUGGGACUUAUUAGUUAAAGCUACCAGUGAAGACAAAGACAAAGCUGCUGCCUCCUUGGCCGAUAAAAUAAAGGUUUUACAGGAUAAUCAAGACUUGAAAGCUCAAGUAUUGGAAUAUGUUUGGAAGGGUUGCAUGCCAAUUAGAGGAUAG